GUUCUUUGCUUUGACCUCCCUUCGUUUGCUGUUCCUGGUUGCUAUCACGCUCCUAAUCGUGGUGUGUCUCGAUCAGUGGAAACACAAAAUCUGGCCGGAAAUUGGAGUGGCAAGACCUGAUGAAUUAGACAAUGAGAGCUGGGGAUAUGUUCACCCUCGGCUGCUCGGGGUGCCAGAGCUGUGUCACCACUUGGCUGAAGGAUGGGUGGCUGGGACCAGCUUCCUAAGCAAUCUCUUCGUUUUCAAGAGGCAAAGCCCUGGCAAGUUUUGCCUUCUAGUGUGUGGAGUCUUCACUUUCCUGGCUGUCCUGGGCCAGUACAUCCCUGGGCUCUUGCUCUCAUACUUGCUGUUGCUGUUCAUCCUGCUGUGGCCCCUGGCCAUGUACCACCGGCUGGGGCAGCGCAUGUACCUGUGGCUGGAGCCGGUGCUGCAGCGCCUGGAUUUCCGCGUCCCGGGAUACAUGGCAGCCAGGCAGCGUGACAGGCAGCUGCAUGGCCGGACCCCGGGUCAGGAGGCCACGGAUGAUGGGAGCGACAGUGAAGAGGAGCUGGCUGCAUUCUGCCCCAAGCUGGAUGACUCUGUGGUUGCCAAGGAACUGACCAUCUCUGACUCGGAGCAUUCGGAUGCUGAAGUUUCCUACACUGAGAAUGGAAUGUUUAACCUUUCGAGGGGGCAGACUCCCCUGACAGAGGGAUCAGAAGACCUGGAUGGUCACAGUGACCCAGAAGAAUCUUUUGCCAGGGAUCUCCCUGACUUCCCUUCCAUCAACCCAGAAGCAACGUGCAUAGAUGACGAAGAUGACACCAGCAUUGGGAUCCCGAGCCUGGCGUUCCGCCCGCAGGGGCUGGAGGACCUGCAUCUCCCGUACGACCCCGAGAAGCCUGAGGCGCUGCCCUCCGUGCAGAACCUCACCAGCAACAUCGCCGGCUUUGUCACCAGGGGCAUGAUCCAGCUGGCAUUGUCGGGAGCCCCUCAGCCAGGCUCCUCGCGCACCACCAACCCCCAGAGGGCUGCAAAGACUCGCCUCAGAGCAGCCAGCUCGGACUUGGACACUGAUGCUGAGGGGGAUGACUUUGAACUGCUGGAUCAGUCUGAGCUGAACCAGCUGGAUCCUGCUGGCUCCCAGGGCCAGUAA